AUGGUAAUAAUAAUAAUAAUAGUAAUAAUUAAUAACAUUGUAUAUAUAUUGUGCGUCAAUAUUCGCGUUUUGAGGUUAAUCCGUAGUCACGAUCGAUUUAUGUUUCCGAAUUAAUUAACAUAUUUUAAGCAGCCAGAACACUAAUGAGAGCACUGCCGCGGCGCGUUUAACAUGACAUUAAAAUAAUAUUAUGAAGGUACCAAUAAAAACAAAAAAAAAAAAAACAAAAACACGAUUCUGCGCGAUUAAAAAUACUGUUUUCGCAUUAUUUUCCCACGCAAUUCGAUUUGAUUAGUUAAAUUUGAAAGUAAAAAGUCAUAUCGAUACGUAGUCAACAAUGUAAAUUUUAAGAAAAAAAAAAAUGGCAUCCCAAAGUCGGCCGGCUUUCUCGGUAUUCGUUUAGCGUGAACACACUGCAUAAACUCGUAAUAUGAUAAUGUGUAUUGUUAUCAUCACGGUUUUGUAAUAUCGUUUUUUUAUUGUCGGUGUAUGGCAGAACCGUCCGCAAUGUCGCAUAGUGAUACCGGCCGCGGAAAAAAAGUGCGCGGGCGUGGCGUCGGCGAUCGUCAUCAAGUCCGGCCUGAACGGUCUGAUAGAAGCCGUGUGCCGUCUGCACGACAGGUGGCGCGUCGGACCGAUGGCUUUGAACCGGGAGUUCAACGAUGAGCUGCGCGAGCUCGUCCACCUGCUCAAAUGCCUCGACAAAGACCUGAACAACAGCACGGCCGGCACGUGCGAUCAGCUGGCCCUGUUGGCCGAACAGCACAACCAGGCCUGGGACCGGUACUACACGCUGUUGGCCAGGCUGAACGGGCACCGGAAGGACGACGGCAGUGGCCGCCACGUUCCGUCGUCGACCAGGAACCGGCCGUCUCGCGAUCGCGCCAGGUCGCACGGGUGCAAAUUAUGUAAUCGGAGAGACAAAAAUAAUGAAAACUUAAAAACCUACCGCGCUGUCCACUCGUAUUACAUUAUCACGCGUACAAUGGUCCGAGCGGUUGGGGGUGUAAAAAAUAUAUACAUAUAUUUUUUUUUUUUUUGAGGAAGGGGAACCAUUGGGAACCUAAAAAAAAAAACGUUUAAAUAAUAAACAGUAAACAGUAAUUCACCGGGAGGAAAGUCCGCAACUUGUGAAUAAGGUACCGGUGUAAGACUAUUUCGAGAGAUUUUUAAUAGCCGAAAUGCAAACGAAUAAUUUUCGAAUUUGAUUUCUCGAAUACUUUUCCAGUUUAUAAAGAAAAUAACAAUGAUAACAAAAAAAAUGACGCCCUUAAUGCAGCCACUAGAUAAAGAGUGCAACAAGAAAGUUCCUAUAAAGUUUUUGAUUGGAGCAAGAUUUCUAGUAGAAAACUUGUUUAUAGAUAAAACGAUGAAACCAAUUGUAUAGCAAUACGAUCCGUUUCGUUUAAAAUCUAAAAAUUAUAGAAAAUCAUAUUCACGUAUUAAAAAAGUAAUUAUUAAUAAGAGUAGGCAAUAAAUUAAAAACGAAUAUUGAGGCGAUUAAAGAAAAAAAAAAAAAUUUCAAUCGUGACUAAUGGUUUAUUAAACACCGCCGUCUGAUGAAUUAUAUAAAAAAAAUAAUGCAGGCAGUACCAGUGGCGUGCAGUGAAAUCUCUGCAGAUUAAUCAAUAUUAAUUUAUUUAAAAAAAAAAAAAAAAAAAAACCAAAGAAUAUUCUGAAGAAUACUGAGCGGCAUUAAAUGCCAAUUAGAGCAGCGAAUGUAACGAAAUUCUAAUUACCGGUUCGCAGUAAUACAAUUUUAAAGUUUUAAUCGAGCCAAGAGACAAGAGAGUACAAUAGUAAUAUUCAUCGAGUUUAUAUUAUUCCUGCAAGUUUCGUCGUCGUAUUGUCUAGUCCGUAAAUAAAAUAUUAAUCACAGCGUAUUUUAAAAUCCGUAAUGGUUAUUUUUAAAAAAAAAAAAAAUAUAUUCCGGAAGUUGUUACUCCGUUAUAAAAGGAAAAAAAAAUCGACAUCGCAAAUCUUUAUGAAACACAUCGAAUACCGCAUAACGUUUGUUUGUACCAUUAUUUCGGAAUCCGUGAUUUUUGUAUUUUGAUUACAAUUACAAUAAUUUCCGGUUUAAGUAUGUUAAAACAUAACCGAUCGAACUCCGUUCACUAUCGUUUUUUUUUAGCAAUGAUUUAUCGUCGCGUACAGAUAUAAAUUAAAUUACACGAUUCCCUUUAUUUCCUACACACCUAACAUCCCAUCUAUAACAGUGGCCCACAGUACGAAUAAUGACCCCUUUUUUAUUUUUAAUAAUUUAAACUAAUGGCGUCUACAGUUUCACGAAAAAAAAAAACAGAUAGAUUUCGAAUAAAUCGAACUUGUAUACACAUUUUAACAAUAUUUCAAACUUAGGAUGCGACACAACAUCACUUAAGAUGUAUAUGAACUGGAAAAAAAAUCGCCGAAGGGUAUCGUACAGUUUUUACUUUGUUUAUUUUCAAAUUUUCGAGAAGUCAAAGUUAUUGAUUUGACUAUGAGGUAAGGUUCUCAUUUUGCCUAUGAUUCUAUACUAGUGUGCGUCAGUAUUUUUUUUAAAACAUUUUUAUACAAAACAGUGCCGUUUUUAAAUUGUUUUCAAGUACACACAAAACAUUACGGUUCUAAGGUAAUUUUUCCAGUUCCUUACCCGAAAAACCAAUGAAGGAGAAACGCUUAUUAAAAUCGAGGCAGUGAUUCGUCGUCGACUCUUGAAACUUUUUUUUUUGAAAUAUCGACCGAUACCUAUCCCUCUUCUGUUCGAAUCACCUGUGGUCGUCUGUUCGCAGUUUUUUUUCAUACAUAAAUUAUAACAUUUUUGAAUCGAUUCCGCACGAAUACCGAGUAAACCGUACCGGUAUACAGCUAUAUUUGAAAACAACCAUUAUUAUUCUAUAUAGGUACAAUAAAAAUAUUUUUAAAAACCUCGGUUCGCAUAAUUACAUACUCGUAUUGAGAUUUAUUACGACGUGGUUUAUUUUAUAGUGGUUUUUUUUUUCUCUAAAAAUACAAAAUUGUAACACGGUCAAGUAUUUUUAUGUAUGUAUACUCCACAGUUAAAAAAAAAAAAAAAAAUGAAACAUUCUGACACAUUAGCACGACAUUCCGGAUAAAAUGAAAAAAUAAAAAUAAAUAUGGUUUCAUCGUAUUUAUUCGGUAGUGUAGAUAAAAUUGUUCACCGUGUACGGACAUAGCACUCGUAUAACUAUUGUUUUUCGUUACAAACAAAGUAUUGGCAAAAUAUAAUGGUAUAAAUAUAAUAUUAAUUAUGGCAUAAAACGAUAAAAAAAAAAAAAUAAUAAUAACAAAAGAUUUAAAUUUUAACACCUAGCCAAACAAUAAUCUAAACUAAUAUAUUCAAUAUGUUGUGUGAAUUUUGUCGGCAUAAAUCGAUAUUUUGACGGUAGAAACGAACAGAAGAAUCUUUCAGAUGACUGUCUACAAUUCCGAAAAAUCCAUUUUUAUCGAGAUUACAGUAGUUAAAAAAAUAUAUACUUUUACCGUUAUUAAAAAAAAAAAAAAAAAAACACUAAUUUUAGUUUAAACAUCCCAUUAGAUUUAGUACAUUUAAAUUUCGUUUUGUCAUUAAAAAAAAAAAAAAAACUGAAGUUUUUUCCAUAAAAACGUUAAUGCGAUAAAUUACGAUAAUACUAAAAAAAAAAAAAAAAAUCUUUACAUCGUUAUAAUUACAGUAUAAAGAUUAAGUGCUGAAUGAUACGACAGAAAAAAAUCGUUGCGUUUAAAUUGUUUUCAUUGCAAUCGAUGGGUUGGACUAAAUCAAGCUAACCAUCGUAACUGAUAAACAUAUAAAUGCAACUGAUAUCAAUUAAACUAUAUUAUACUAUAUAUCUAUAUACAUCUAUAUAUAUAUAUACAUAUAUUAGUCGUACGACUAUGACUAAGAUUAUACGGGACACUAAAUCGUGAUUAGAAAAAGGUAUAGACAUUGCGGGCGUAUUUUUUUUUUUGUGGCCAAUCCACUAUGCUCACCAUGUCGUUCGUUGUCAGUCCUGUAUAUCUAAUCCGCGAAUGAAACGGCAAACAGCACGACCGAUAAAAAAUGUUAUCAUAUUUACACUUUCAGAACCAUAGUGUUACGGGCAUUUUGUCUUUUAUUCUAUGGACACAUUUCGCAAACGAUCGACGUUCAUAAACGAGUUUCACCGUACCUGUACUUCACUGGUUCCUAA